GAUGCGACAGCAUCUCGUCUCUCAUUGGUCCGUCUGUGCGUCAGUCAGAACGCUUCACAUGGAAGGAAGGAAGCCACGUUGACAUCAAUCAGUGUUUUCAUCGCUUGAUAAACUAGAACACAUCUUCCGUUCCCCGUGAGUCUCGGCGGAGGUGUGUGGUCAUCAGGAUGAGUGUGGGCUUCAUCGGAGCGGGUCAGCUGGCACACGCCCUGGUCAAGGGCUUCACAGCCGCGGGUGUGAUCGCUGCCAACAGAAUCACAGCGAGUUCACCGGACACAGAUCUGCAGACAGUCUCCGGCCUAAGGAAAAUGGGCGUCAAUUUCACUACGAGCAACAAAGAGGCGGCGCACAAGAGUGACGUUCUGUUCCUGGCCGUCAAGCCACACAUCAUCCCGUUCGUUCUGGACGAGAUCGGUCCCGAUAUCGAGGACCGUCAUCUGAUCGUGUCCUGCGCCGCUGGAGUCACCAUCAGCUCCAUCGAGAAGAAGCUGCUCCAGUACCGCGCGGCUCCUAAAGUGAUGCGGUGUAUGACGAACACGCCGGUGGUGGUGCGCGAGGGGGCCACGGUUUACGCCACAGGAAGUCACGCCGAGGUGGAGGACGGGAGGCUCCUGGAGCAGCUGAUGGCCAGCGUGGGCUUCUGCACCGAGGUGGAGGAGGAUCUGAUCGACGCCGUGACGGGUCUCAGCGGCAGCGGACCUGCUUACGCGUUCACGGCUCUAGAUGCUCUGGCUGACGGGGGGGUGAAGAUGGGGUUGCCACGGCGACUGGCGGUCAGACUGGGAGCACAGGCUUUACUGGGAGCAGCUAAGAUGCUUCUGGACUCGGAGCAGCACCCGGGACAGCUGAAGGACAACGUCUGCUCACCAGGGGGCGCUACCAUCCACGCCCUGCACUUCCUGGAGAGCGGAGGCUUCCGGAGUCUCCUCAUCAACGCUGUGGAGGCGUCCUGCAUCAGGACCAGAGAGCUGCAGUUUCUGGCCGAUCAGGAGAAGAUCUCGCCCGCCGCCAUCAAGAAGACGACGCUGGAUAAAGUUCUGCAGCAGCCGGGCGUCUCGUCCACAUCAGUCGCCACCAAGAGCAGAGUCAACCUGUUCCACCACAGGAACGGCAUCAAGAAGUGAACACACACACACACGCACACAGAGGACAAUACAAGAACUGUGCUGCCUGUCCACACACACAUUCAUUGGUACAGUAUUACACCAGGAAACUUGAGUGUUAUUAACACCAACUUGUUUAAUCUUUAAAGUCCUUGAAAAUUCAAAAUGAAUAAUGUCAGUGGUUUCCAGAUGGGUUUCUAUUUCCAUGGACACUUUGUUCGAGGAUGAAACUUUUAGUCACAUGACCGGCUCGAAGACCUGGGGGGCAAAACAUCCAUAGAACUGCAGCACCAGACUAUCAGUCUGCCAUCUGUUUCACAGAGACAAAUAUUUAGAUCGCCUCUCAAAACCUGCAGUGUAUAAAUGUUUGAAGCAGUAAACAGUGCAACAAAUGUUGUAAAAACACUUACAGUGCCUUGAUAUAUUUAAAACAAUAAUAUUAAAAGAUCAAAUUCAGUAAUCACUAUAUUAAUGAUGCAUAAUUAACAUAUGUAAAUUUCAAUGUGAAACCAUUUAACCUGAAACUUUGCACAGUCUAAUUAAAAUGCUGGUUUCAUAUGCUUGCCUGUACAAAAUGUACAUCAUCAAUAAUGUGUUUAUUUAAUUUCACCUUUUAAUAUCUGCGUAUUACUACAUUACUACUUAAUGCAAUCUGCAUAAAGAUAACUGGCGGUCUGUGGAGCAAAGCUUUGUUUUGCCCUCCAGGUGGGUGUUCCUAUCAGUGUGUGACAUCACGUGAAAACUAGUAAUUCCCUGGCAACAACUCAAAACACCCUGUAGCAGCGCCCUGGUAACCCUUUAACAACACCCUGGCUACAGCUCAAAACACCCUGUAGCAACUCCCUGGUAACCCUUUAACAACACCCUGGCUACAGCUCAAAACACCCUGUAGCAACGCCCUGGUAACCCUUUAACAACACCCUGGCUACAGCUCAAAACACCCUGUAGCAACUCCCUGGUAACCCUUUAACAACACCCUGGCAACAGCUCAAAACACCCUGUAGCAACGCCCUGGUAACCCUUUAACAACACCCUGGCAACAGCCCAAAACACCCUGUAGCAACGCCCUGGUAACCCUUUAACAACACCCUGGCAACAGCCCAAAACACCCUGUAGCAACGCCCUGGUAACCCUUUAACAACACCCUGGCAACAGCCCAAAACACCCUGUAGCAACGCCCUGGUAACCCUAUAACAACACCCUGGCAACAGCUCAAAACACCCUGUAGCAACGCCCUGGUAACCCUUUAACAACACCCUGGCAACAGCCCAAAACACCCUGUAGCAACGCCCUGGUAACCCUUUAACAACACCCUGGCAACAGCUCAAAACACCCCGUAGCAACGCCCUGGUCACCCUAUAACAACACCCUGGCAACAGCUCAAAACACCCCAUAGCAACGCCCUGGUCACCCUAUAACAACACCCUGGCAACAGCUCAAAACACCCCGUAGCAACGCCCUGGUCACCCUAUAACAACACCCUGGCAACAGCUCAAAACACCCCAUAGCAACACCCUGGCAACAGCUCAAAACACCCCGUAGCAACGCCCUGGCAACAGCUCAAAACACCCCGUAGCAACGCCCUGGUCACCCUAUAACAACACCCUGGCAACAGCUCAAAACACCCCAUAGCAACACCCUGGCAACAGCUCAAACCACCCCGUAGCAACGCCCUGGUAACCCUAUAACAACACCCUGGCAACCGCUCAAAACACCCCGUAGCAACGCCCUGGUCACCCUAUAACAACACCCUGGCAACAGCUCAAAACACCCCAUAGCAACACCCUGGCAACAGCUCAAACCACCCCGUAGCAACGCCCUGGUAACCCUAUAACAACACCCUGGCAACCGCUCAAAACACCCUGUAGCAACGCCCUGGUAACCCUAUAACAACACCCUGGCAACAGCUCAAAACACCCCGUAGCAACGCCCUGGUCACCCUAUAACAACACCCUGGCAACAGCUCAAAACACCCCAUAGCAACACCCUGGCAACAGCUCAAACCACCCCGUAGCAACGCCCUGGUAACCCUAUAACAACACCCUGGCAACCGCUCAAAACACCAUGUAGCAACGCCCUGGUCACCCUAUAACAACAGGAUAUCUGAACUUCUCUGGGCUGUUGCAGGAAGUGACAUCACAGAAAAUCAAUUUGUAUUUUGUUCUUUAAGUUUGACCUCGUCUCUUGAUCUCUUUUAAAUACUGUAGCUGUAAGUUCUUUCUGAAACAUUUCAUCUGGAUGUUUUGCAGACCUGGACACCCUAUAUAUCUGUUGCUUGUUCUCUUUAAAAUGCUGGAGAAAAUAAUGAAUGUCAAAUAGCCAAAGUGUUUUGUAAGCCGAUUAUCAGGCAUGAAACAUCUUUCUGUUUGUCUGUUCUAUUGCAGAAAUGUGAAAACUGCAUAAAUGGUGCUGAAAGUUAAGAUAGAAAAGCUGUGUUUUAGCUUACGCUUGUGGUUUUAUUUCCUCUGGUUUUAUUGAUAAACUAUUUCUGAUGAGCGAGAACAUUGUUGCAUUUGUUCCGACGUGUAAUCAAAGUGGGAGCAAAUUAUAAAUAAUGUUUCUUUAAGCAAAUUAACUGAAGGUUUUUCUCUGAAAGCCAUUACUCAACUAUGCAGGAGAACAAACAGCGUCACACCAUCCUUCAGGUGCUGAACGCUGAAACCACCAGCAUUGUGCAAGUUUUCUCAGAAGUUGCUUCUUCUUUGUGCAUUACAGUAAACCAUUUCUCCACAUGA